ACUGUACUGUCCUGCAUCGCAGCAAGAACAACACACGUGGGGAAGAGUGCAAGAAUGGCUACCGACAAGCUUCUCUUCCACGAAAUGGGUCUAGACGAUCGCCUUUUAAAGGCGAUAGCAGACCUGGGCUGGGCGCAACCUACCUUAAUCCAGGAGAAGGCUAUUCCACUGGCUUUGGACGGAAAAGAUCUUUUGGCACGGGCGAGGACUGGCUCUGGGAAAACAGCUGCUUAUGCCAUCCCCGUUAUUCAGAGAAUCUUGACAUCAAAACAGAUUGUACGCGAGCAGGCUGUCAGAGCUUUGAUACUGGUACCCACCAAGGAAUUGGGCCAGCAAGUCCAGACUAUGGUCCGGCAGCUCACAGCGUUCUGCACAAGGGAUGUCAGAGUUGCGGACAUCUCUGGCAAAGCAGACAUAUCAGCUCAGAAACCUAUCCUGAUGGAGAAGCCUGAUGUGGUGGUGGGCACUCCCUCGAGGAUCCUGGCCCACAUCAACGCCCAGAACCUGUCCAUCAACAGCUCCUUGGAGAUGCUGGUCAUCGAUGAGGCUGACCUGGUCUUCUCCUUUGGCUUUGAGGCUGACCUGAAGAAUCUUCUCUGCCAUCUGCCCAAGAUCUACCAGGCGUUCCUGAUGUCUGCCACACUGAAUGAUGACGUGCAAGCCCUAAAGGAAUUGGUGCUCCACAACCCUGUCACUCUGAAGCUUCAGGGCUCUCAGCUCCCGGACAGCUCCCAGCUGCAGCAGUACAGCGUGCAGUGCGAGGAGGAGGACAAGUUCCUGCUGAUCUACACGCUGCUGAAGCUGCGGCUGGUGAGGGGCAAGACGCUGCUCUUCGUGGGCAGCGUGGAGCGCAGCUACCGCCUCAAGCUGUUCCUGGAGCAGUUCAGCAUCCCCGCCUGUGUGCUCAACUCGGAGCUCCCCGUGCACUCUAGGUGCCACAUCAUCAGCCAGUUCAACCAGGGCUUCUAUGAUUACAUCAUCGCCACAGACGAGCACGGUCUGGAGGAUCCCACGUCACUGACGUCAUCAUCGGGGAAGAAAGAGGAGGACAAGGGCAAGGCCACCCAGAAGAAGAAAAAGAAGGGAGGAGGAAGAGGAAGACAGAGUAAGGAUCAGGAGUAUGGCGUUUCCCGCGGCAUAGACUUCCAGAACGUGGCCAACGUCAUUAACUUUGACAUCCCAACCACAGUGGAGUCCUACAUACAUCGUGUCGGCAGGACGGCGCGAGCAGACAACCCUGGCACUGCCCUCACAUUCGUCUCACACACAGAGCUCCCUCUGCUGGCAGAUGUGGAAAGCACACUCACAGAGGCAGAAACGGAUUGUGCACUCAAGCCAUAUGGGUUUAAAAUGGAAGAGAUUGAGGGCUUCAGAUACCGUUGCCGGGAUGCCAUGCGAUCUGUCACAAAACAAGCAGUCAAAGAAGCCAGACUGAAGGAGAUCAAGCAGGAACUGCUCAACUCUGAGAAACUAAAGACAUACUUUGAGGACAACCCCAAGGAUCUCCAUCUUUUGCGGCACGACAAGGACAUUCACCCAGCCGUCAUCAAGCCCCAUCUGAAGAACGUGCCAGACUAUUUGAUUCCCCCUGCGUUAAAAGGACUUGCCAAUCCGUUGACUGGCCGCAAGAAAAGAUGGCACGCCAAGCCCAAGACUAGCAUGGCCAAGCCCGGUGGUGUCAUCAAAAGUGACUUCAAGAAAAAUGCAAGAGGAAAAAAUCCUCUAAAGACGUUCCGCUUCAAGCCCAAGAAAGGCAAAGGCAGCGGAGGUGCCAAGUCAUAAUGCUGCUGUGUGGUGAAAAUGGUGUUUGAUGCAGCCCGUCCGGUCUGCUCCGAACUACAACCCCAUUCUGAACACAUGCCUGGACUACGUAGCUGGGAGUUGGAGACACUGAGAUGAAUAUCUGUGAAUGUGACUGUGACUAUCAACAAGUGAUGGCUCCUCAGCCCUCCUACACUCAAUCCUUCUCAGUUUUGCUGCUCAGAUCAACUCCCUGUUCAGCAUCCCUGAACUUGUUUUUGUCUGGGAUGUCAGAGUUCAUCAGGGUUGGGUGGAAUGAUCCAGAUUUCUAAGGAGUGCAAUAGAAUUGCAGAACAGAGAAGUGGACAUAUACCAGGUCAUUAAGGAAUUGAGGUGUCCGCCUUACUUUUCCUUGUUGCGAUGUGUCACUGGCUAAACGUUUUUUUCUUUCUCCAUUAUAUUUUUGUACAGCUGUGGAAAUGUUAUGUAUGGGUACAUGGAGACACAUCUUUGAAUACUUCAUGGUUUGGCUUUGUUAAAUAGUCCGAUCUUAGUUACUUCCAACAAUACAGCCAACAAAACCAUGACCACAUAAACCAGAUACAUUUUAUUUGAUGAAAGCCAUGAAACUUUGAAACUUUAAAAAGUUUGUAUAAAUACGAGUAAGAAACUGAA